GAAUCUGACGAACGGCAGCGCGAUCAUGAACAUCCGGCGGCUGCCCGGUUUCAUGUACCAUUACAAACUCGCGACGGUCCUCCUGACGUCCGGUCUGUUCCUCGUCGUCUACCUGCUUCUACAUUGGGGCAUAAUGUGCACGAAUCUCGAGGCUUGGCGUCACGUGUCCACCGUGUGCAGCCAGCACCGAGAUGGUACCGCGAUGGGAAUUCUCUGCGAACCACUGUGCACCGAAAAAGGGAUACACUCGCUAGCAUGUGAGACGCUCCACGUGGGCAAGGAGGCCGUUUUCUCCGCGCAUUGGGAAGCGACGCGGCUCGUAUUCAAGGCUUCGAGGACGAAAACAUCCUCGGAACAAUUCGAAUCGCUCUAUUGGAUAGAUGCGACCGGUUCGCGGCACUUGCCAUCUGAGGAGGACUUUAUCACCAUGAUCAAGGACUUGGUUAUCAAUAAAUUGAACGUGACUCUCUCGCGACAUCAACUGGAAAGACUCGCCCGAUUGCGCACCCACCGAGUCGAGACCGACGCCGUGAGACGUCAGCUGGAGAUGGAGAAUCUCUGGCCGCUGCUACAGGAAAAUGAAUAUCUAAUGGCGAUUUUGUACGAAGACAGAGACGUGUUUGCCCAGCCGAUCGGCACGUGCGGAACGUUUUACGCGGUCGAAUACGUCCGGCCGAUCGAGACACCCACGACGGUGCUAGCCCUGUCCGACUCGAAACCCGAAUGGGCUAAAAGGCUCAAGCUCGCCGUGAUGAUUCUUAAUCUACUCGAGGAACUAAAGACGGACUUUCCCGAGCCGCUUUAUCUCUGCGACGUGAAAAUCAAUCAUUUCGGUUUACCAUUAGGCGGGCAAAAAUUGAAAUUCUUGGAUCUGGACGCGGUCUUCCCCAAAUCUAUCGUUGAUCGCAUCACCAACGACGGUAAGAGUUGCGAAAAACACGAGGACUGUGAUUACUUCGACUGCCGGUCGGUAUGCUCGAAGAAUAAACGCUGCGAGUCUCCGGUUCUCAAUAAUAAUUUACAGAUUAUUUGCGAAAAGAUUUUUCUCGGCUGGACGCUCUCAGGGACGAUAAUUAUUCCUGGGUUGCUUAUGUCAGAGCAUACUACUAGCACAUUGGCAGUGUUAUUGAGACAAUGCGCUAAUCCAGACGGCGGCACGACGCAUUUACCACGUGCGGCAGCGCCAGACAGCUUACAGAAACGACUUUACAACAUGCUGAACGAGAUGGAACAAGAAUAUUCGGCAUUUGUAUAAAAAAAAAAUGAACAUUAGUAAAGGAAAUAAUUUAUUCAAAAUCACGAAAUCAAGUAUUGCCCUUUCGAUAAUAGAUAAUAAAAACACCGUAAGUUUACGAUAUUGGAAAUACAGAAAUAUUUCUCUUUAGAUAAAAACCGUAUGCGACGUUAUUUAUUUAAGGGGUCAUUCCACUUUGACGACUAUAGCUAUUUGUAACAAUUUUUUUCACAGUAAAUACACCAUAUAAUGAGAUGAAUCUUUUUGGGAUUUAUUAGGGCACUCUUAAAUAACACCAAAAAAUUUUUUACUUUAUCGUUUUUUACAGCGUCAAAAUGGCAUGUCAAAAAAAGAUGCAAAUCCGCUGCGUUGAUCAGUUUUUUCAUUCAGGCUUACAUAGCGACACUCAUACAGAUUAAGAAUCUUUUUGACUUUUUAUUUCAGGUAACCCUGAAUAAAAAAACUGAUCAACGCAGCGGACUUGCAUCUUUUUUGACACGCCAUUUUGACACUGUAAAAACGAUAAAGUAAACAAUUUUUUUAAUUAUGACAAAAAUUUUUUCGUGUUAUUUAAGAGUGCCCUAAUAAAUCCC